GCUGCUAAUGUCCCUGACCGCUCAGCAGUGAACGUCCUGCAGAGAGGAGCUUCAGCCCCCGUCAAUAUGCAGAUUCACAGAAACAGCCCUGGAGACAGGACGCCUCCAGUCUUGCAGUGAUGUAUCGUGUCCUCAUCCCACUGAACCAUUCAACCGUAAACAAGGCAGCAUCGUCAGGGAAACCAUGAGCUCUGACAGCGUCUUCCAACCGGAGGUGGAGUCGGAUCCUCAGGGCGAGCUUGCCGACAUGGUGGCAUCCAUGAACACCACCGCCAACCGGCUGACCCCUCCUAAUGGCUACAGGUCAGGAGCACCCAGGUCCACCGGGGGCCAAAGGGCCCGCCUCACAGACAGGAAGAUGUCCCUUCAGGAGAGGGGGAGUCGCAUGGCCCGGCAACCCACCAUCGAGACCAAACGGGUUUCCAUCACUGAUGCCGACGACUGUCUCCAGCUCAACCAGUAUAAACUGAAGAAUGAGAUUGGAAAGGGCUCUUAUGGAGUGGUAAAACUAGCCUAUAAUGAAGACUCUGAACAGUACUAUGCCAUGAAGGUAGUGUCAAAGAAGAAGCUGAUGAGGCUGUGUGGAUUUUUGCGUCGCCCGCCUCCUCAGGGGUCAAACUCUCAGCAGGAUCUGUUCCCCAAAUCCAUGCAGCCUCUGGAGAGAGUGUACAGAGAGAUUGCCAUCCUCAAGAAGCUGGACCAUCCGAACGUAGUUAAACUGGUAGAGGUGCUUGAUGACCCUGAUGAAGAUGGACUUCACAUGGCCUUCGAACUAAUGAAAGAGGGGCCGGUGAUAGAGGUGCCCACAGACAACCCGUUAACCGAGGACCAGACUCGCUUCUACUUCAGAGACAUCGUCCUGGGAAUAGAGUACUUGCACUACCAUAAGAUCAUCCACCGAGACAUCAAACCCUCCAACCUCCUGCUGGGGGACGACGGUCACAUCAAGAUCGCAGACUUCGGCGUCAGUAAUGAGUUUGAGGGCCACGACGCCCUCCUGUCCAGCACGGCGGGGACGCCGGCCUUCAUGGCCCCUGAGAUGAUGAGCGAGGUCCAGCAGAGCUUCAGUGGGAAGGCGUUAGACGUGUGGGCGAUGGGGAUCACGCUGUACUGCUUUGUCUUCGGGGAGUGCCCAUUUUAUGAUGAGUACAUUUAUUCUCUGCACAACAAGAUUAAGAACAAACCUGUGGAGUUUCCAGAAACCCCUUCAAUAAGCAAUGAGUUGAGGGAUCUCAUUGAAAGAAUGCUGGAUAAAAACCCUGCAACUAGAAUCACCAUCCCCGAAAUAAAGCUCCAUCCUUGGGUGACGGAGAACGGCUCCAGUCCUCUCCCUCUGGAGGAGGAGCACUGCACGGCAGUGGAGGUCACCGAUGAGGAGGUGCAGAACAGCGUGAAGCUCAUCCCCAGUCUGUCCGCUGUGAUUCUGGUGAAGUCCAUGCUGAGGAAGCGCUCUUUCAGUAAUCCCUUUGAGUGUCAAGGCAGACGGGCAGAGAGGUCCAUGUCUGCCCCCGGAGGUCUUCUUACGGGACUUUUGGGCUUACUGGGGUCUUCGUCUCAUCCGUCUUCGAGGAAAAUCAGCAGAGAAGGCAGCAGAGAAGGAGAGCUGGAGGACUUGUACGAGGAUGAAUCCUUCAUCGAAAGCAACGAUUGAAGUGUCACGUUUAGAUUAGUGCAGCAGGGAGGCGGUGGAAAAGAUGAGUUUUUGCACCUUUCUUUUCUUUGUCCUUUUUCAUUUCCCCGUAUUUCCUCUUGUUCUGUUCUCGCUGUGCUCACCUGCAGACUGUUCUUUUCCACCUCUGUCCAGAGGAUCUUGAGAUUACAUUAGUUUAAAUAACA